AUGGAAGAAACUGAUCGCACUUCACUUUUACAGUCCGCUCGUGAUAAAAUGAAUCCGGAGCUAGCUGAAGGCUUGCCAGCAUAUGUUGGUGUGGAAGUUGCGGAAGCGGAAAACCUAUUAGGGGAUGAGGGAAAUGAACGAGGAGUUUCUGACUUUUCUGAGUCUGACGACAAGAAGUCCGAUAUGGCUCAAACAAGGCUAAAUAUUAUUAUAGGUUCAAUGUGUUUAGGAUCCUUUUUGGCAGCACUAGACAAUACUAUUGUCACCACUUUACUUUCUCAUAUUGCUUCUGAAUUUAAUGAGUUAUCGCGUAUUUCGUGGAUUGCUACUGCGUAUUUAUUGAGUAGUGCUACUUUUCAACCUUUGUAUGGGAAGAUCUCAGAUAUAUUUGGUAGAAGGCCUCUUAUCAUCAUAAGUAACCUAUUUUUUAUCGUGGGCUGCUUGAUUUGUGGCUUAUCCAAGAAUCUAUGGACUUUGGUCAUUGGAAGAUUUAUUGCCGGUAUUGGUGGUGGUGGAGUUACCUCUUUAGGUAGCAUUACUGCAAGUGAUAUUGUACCCUUGAGGUCAAGAGCGUUAUAUCAGGGAAUAUUCAACUUCUUCUUUGGCAUGGGUGUUGCCAUUGGUGGUUUAAUCGGUGGUUGGUUCAGUGAAAGCAAAAAUGGUUGGAGAAUGGCCUUCUUAAUUCAGGUACCAUUGUCAACCAUUAGUUUAAUCCUUAUUAUCACAUUUUUGAAGCUACCUAAGGGCUGUAAGGGUCUAGGUCUUGUAUCAAAUGGUGUAAAUGGCAAGAUUAAUGUAUUUAACAAGUUGAAAAGUAUUGAUUGGUAUGGAUCUUUUACUCUUGUUACAUUUUUGUUCAGUUUCAUGUUGGCUAGUUCCCUCGGGGGUAAAGAAAUUGCCUAUAGCUCCAUAAUUUUCAAGCUUCUCUUAUUCGUAAUUAUCGUAUCUGGUGGUUUAUUCGUUUAUGUGGAACUAUACAUUUCUGCGGAUCCCAUUUUACCAAUUAGAUUCUUGUCGAACAGGAGCAUUUUAGGUGCCUCUUUUGCAAACUGGUUCUGUAUGAUGAGUAGCAUUACUUUGACAUUCUAUGUGCCUGUUUACUGGUCAAGUGUUCUAAAUCUAUCCCCAACGGAAAUGGGUAAACGUAUAGCGCCAAAUUUCUUUAGUACUGCUUUUGGUUCUAUGGGUGCAGGAUACUACAUGAAGAAAACUGGUCGGUAUUAUAGUUUCCUAUUGAAAUUCGCCGGUCUAAUGGCAAUAGGACAGCUUCAAAUUCUAUUAAUGAAGCCGGAUAUCAGUACAUGGAGGCAGUUUACACUCUUGCCGAUUCCACAAUUCGGAGCAGCUGUUCUAAUUACUGUUACUCUUCUCGCUAUGAUCGCCGCAGUCCCUCAUGAACAUCAAGCCGCUACUACUUCCAUUUCGUAUGCCUUUAGAUCUACUGGUAGCACCCUCGGUGUCUCCAUAGGUGCUGCAUUGUUUAGAAACAGGCUAUCGAGCAGGCUAUACGAGGACGUUUUAGGGUUUGAAUCCGAGGAAUAUUCAAGGGAAUAUUUGUUGUCCAUUGUUCGUAAGGCUGUGGAAUCUUCUGAGUAUGUACAUACAAAAGCUCCGAAGUUUAUACAAGGGACCUUGAUACAUUGUUACGAAAGCGCUUGCCAUUUGACGUUCAGUUUCUGUUUCGUCAUAUGUAUUCUAGCGUGGAUCUCCUGCAGCAUCAUUAAAGAAUACAAGUUACACACUUCUAUGGAGCGUAAAUGA